AUGUCAUCUGUCCAUUAUAAAACGACAAAGCCAUAUGGCACCCUCCCACCAAAUGCCCAGGUGCAACCGGAGCCCUUCACACUAAGGAUUCCAGAUUAUGAGAUCGAGGAGCUCAGAAGGCUUCUAGAAUUGGCGAAAAUUGGGCCGAAAACAUGGGAAAAUCAACAAAAUGACGGCCGCUUUGGAGUUAGCUAUAAUUGGUUGGCCAAUGCUAGGGAUUACUGGCGAAGCAAGUUCAACUGGCGACUUAUCGAGCAACAUGUCAACUCAUUUCCAAAUUACACAAUAUCUAUAAAAGACGGACAUGAUCGUGAUAUUAUGAUGCAUUUUACUGCCCUCUUUUCAGAACAACCUGAUGCUGCUCCUAUCGUCUUAAUGCAUGGUUGGCCCGGGAGUUUUAUGGACUAUCUACCAAUUCUCUCGCGCCUAGCCAAUAAGUAUCUUCCGGCAGAUCUACCAUACCACAUCAUUGUCCCUUCCAUACCUGGAUAUGCCAUGUCGACAAUACCAGAGGACAGCGAAUUUACCAUCGAUGAUGCGGCUCGAGUCAUUCACAACUUAAUGGUUACUCUAGGCUUUGGCAGCGGCUACAUAGCGCAAGGUGGUGACAUAGGGUCGGUCUUAGCACUGAUUCUGGCCAUGCAAUACCCUGAGUGCAAAGCAGCACACCGGAAUCCACCUGCAGAUGACACGGAGGGUAUAAGCGAGGACAGUCGCGAGAGAUUGAAUAGGAUCAAGUUGUUUCUACAAACUGGAUAUGCAUAUUCGGCGGAGCAUAUUACUCGGCCAAGCACUAUUGGAUUUGUUCUGUCUAGCAACCCAUUGUCUCUUCUAGCCUGGAUUGCAGAAAAGUUUCUGGAAUGGAGCGAUGUCAGUCUUCCUCUCGAUACGAUCCUAGGAUCUGUCACUUUAUACUGGUUUACGUCAACUUUUCCACGGGGUCUGUACCCUUAUCGAACCAUUGACCCUACCUUGAUUCGGCACCACCCUCCGCCUUUCCAGAAACCUCUCGGGUUUUCAUCGUUUCUCAUGGAUUUAAUCCCUACACCGAAAUCCUGGUUAGACGGGUUGUCCAACUUAGUUUGGUUUCGACAAAGAAACAAAGGUGCUCAUUUCCCAGCAUUGGAGCAGCCUGACGAGCUUUUACAGGAUAUCGAGGAUUUUAUAGGCGAAUGCAUCACCCGUAAUUUCACAGUUCCAGAAUCACUUGCAACAGAAUGA